CAAUACGUGUCAAGGCUCGCGUUGUCGUGAAUGACACGAUCUGACCUUGGUACAGUAGAGUUCAUAAAUAUGUAUAAAUUUUUCCACCUUAUCGCAAAGGAUUGAGGUGAAGAAAUGUAUACAUAUUUAUGAACUCGACUACCCACCGGACCAAAUAAAAUAGAUGUGUAAGUUUCAUCGCAAAGUACCUCAUUUUAUGACGUAAUUUUGCGAACGGGAAGUACGGGAUAGGUACCCCACGAUGAAAUAAAAAUGGAAAUUGAACCUUAGUGUUAAAACACGAGAUAAAAUUUUAAAUGGAAGAAGAUUUAGUGUGGAUUAAUGAGGAUUGGUUCUCGUUUUGCAGAACUAGUGAAUAUCUAAAGUUUCUCAGAAUAGGGCCGUUCCGUUCCAGUAACCGGUUACGUGGAAUUCGUUUCCGUAAUCCGCCCGACAUCUACGUCACGGUUGACGACCUCUGCGCCGGUCACCGCCGCCCCGUAUUCACCGUGUCAAUAACCCCUCCCCCUUCAGUGACGCUCCCUCCGCGCCGCUCCUCAGUACCUUCAGUAUCCGGACCGCGUCCGUAUUGCACGCACGGCUAGCGUUUCGUCGUUCCGCGUACUGAGGUCACGCAAUCUCUCGAACAUUCCGUGACUGACGUCGUUAGAAGUUUCGCUGAUUAUUGUUCAUGUCUAAUAAGGUCGGUUCAAGCAAGGCAAACAUGUAACUUUUCCUUUGAUAAGUUUAAGGCCAAUUCGAACUUACAUUCUGAUAACACAAUAAUGUAAGUUUCGCUUGCGUUGCGUUUUGCUCGUAUUUAUUCGUACAUAUAUUGGUGCGAGUAACACGCACGGGCGAAUGAUAAGUUGAUAACCAAAUGAUAUCGUUUUGACAGCGAAUCUUAAGUUCAAAUUGGCCUCCUUAUUUACUUUUUUUUAUAGUACGUUGGCGGCAAACAAGCAUACGGCCCGCCUGAUGGUAAGCAGUCUCCGUAGCCUAUGUACGCCUGCAACUCCAGAGGAGUCACAUGCGCGUUGCCAGCCCUAACAACCCUCCCUUCCCUCGUUGAGCUCUGGCAACCUUACUCACCGGCAGGAACACAACACGACACUUAACCCCAAAACUUAACCACUCUCUAAAUGUCGCUUUCUCACAAACACAAAUGUCAUGCUGACAGAUAGGGACAAAUGAAGCUUUUAGUUUUAACAAACAUUUAUGAAUAAUGCCAUAAUUUACUAUACCAUAUCAUGGUUUAAUGUAUUAUGUUAUGUCUUGUUUAUUUUGUUAUUGGUGAGAAACAAAAGAAUAUUUGUAUUUUCUUUUUAUUUGUUUACUCUCAGUUACAGAUAUCAAAGACUCGCUUCAGCUUCACCGGUUCGCUCAACAACGUGGUAUUUUCGUAACCUCCGUCAAGUCCGUCUUUGAAGCGUCACUGUUCCGACGUUUCGCCGGUUCAGUCACAAGAUGGCGGAGGACGGCGCCGGCGACGGCAACUCGAAAAGUCGCGACAGCACGCCGGAGCUUAUACCGCUGCGCGCAAUACCUUUGGAGUCCACGACUAAGUUUCGUACCGGCGCCGACGCAGAGCUGAUCGAGUAUGUGCGCAGCCGCCCCGUGUUGUACGACCCCGCGCACUCGCGCUACAUGGACAACCAGCUCAAAAACGGCCUCUGGAACAAGAUCGGCAGACAGCUGAGGGCUAGCCCGAGCGCGUGCAAGGCGCGCUGGAACAACAUCCGUGACAACUACCGCAAGGCGCUGCGCAAACGCAGCAUCAACGGCAAGCUGCAGUACAAGUUCGCGCACCUGCUGGGCUUCAUGGACCCCAUCUAUAAGGGGCAGUUUGAGCCCAGCUCUUCCCAAGCAGCCAACAAUAGCGCAACCCAAUUAAGCGCAAAAACAGAAAACUCCGAAGAAAGCAACGACGUCGAAGACCCAGACGAAACACAACAAAAUUCAGCCAAUCACGGCGAUCAAUUCGACGCCGACGUUCUCUCCAACCAAUCAGAGUCCAUCGUAGACUACGAGAUGUUUGAAAAGUCCAACGCCUCUGGUUCGUUCCCCCCGCACCCCGAGCCGCAGGCCGUGGACGCGUUCUUGGCCGCCAUCGGUCUGACGUUGAAAGGUCUGAGUUCGUACCAUUUGAGUUUGGCGAAGGCGGAGAUUUUUGCAGUCGUGCAUAAGUAUGAGUUGAAAGGGAUUGUGCAGAAUGGAUGGGCGCCGACGAAUGUUAAUCCUUUUCCUUGAGGAGAAUGAAACUGUUUGGUAGGUAUCAGAAGAUUAAUUCUAUCAGACUUACAUAGACAUACCUUUAACUAUAAAUCUGUCAAAAUUUAGGUGCAAGGUGUCGAGUGCACAUCACGCCAUAAUGCUCCGUUCACAACUAUUCCAGUAGCAUUCCCGUCCAGUGAUCGAAGAACUGGAUCGAAUUGUUUACAUUAAUGUCAGUCAUUUUCAUCAUCCAGUAAAUUUAUGGAGACGGUUACCAAAACAACAAUACGCUUUCACUAUUUAACGUUCAAUCCAGCACUGGAUUGACGGUCUACAUUAUUCGCUGGAUUGGGCGAGCUGGAAUCAAAAAUAGACCAUCAUUCCAGUCACUGGACUGGAAUGAUUAUAUUCCAGUGCCGGUUCACAAUUCACAUUAUUCCAGCGCUGGAUUCGAUCACUGGACUGGAAUGCCACUGGAAUAGAUAAGGAACCUGGUAUAAGUCGCUGGCCUUCGGCAGGCAGGUCGAUUCAAACUUACAAAAAUAUGACAUUAAAAAAAAUAUCAAAAUGAUGUCUCGUUAUCCCGUGUGUCUCACUCGCGCCAAUACAUGUACGGACAAGUACGCGCGAAUGAAAACUAAAUGCAUCAUUUAGAUAUAAUUUUGAUGUCAAAUGUACGUUUAAAUUAGCCUUAGGGAUCCAUCUUUGGACGUACCCUACGUGGUCACGGUCACGCUUUGUCUUACUUAGACUUAGACUUAGGCUUAGACUUUCAGAGGAAGACGAAUUUCGUUUCGUGAACCCUUAUGGGGUUCAUCAAAAACAAAGGGUCGCUUAAAUAUAUAUAGACUUUUAAAGAAUUUAGAGUGUUAAAGAUUAGGAAAUUCACCAAUAGGGUUGUUUCCAUCUACAAAUCUUAGGGCAGAAUUGUAUCCCAAUAAAUUCUUUUGGAUUAUAAGAACAUGUUAAACUACUUUUAGGGGACCUGUAAUGACUAUAUUUUUGUAAAUAUUGAAUUUAAAAUAUCUUUUGGCACACGUCACGUGACCAAACUCGAAACGUCUUUGAAGAUUCUGAUGACGUCACAACUCUCGGAUUGACACUGUUGACAGUUAGGCGAUAAACAACAAAUAACAAAUGUCAGUUGACAGUUCGUAUCUUCUACGUGUGUAUGUAGUUAUGUGUCAAACCGUAAACUGUAACGUCACACAAUUUUCAAAGAGCGUUUUGGGCGCGAAAGCAUCUGUCAAAAUAUAUUUUGUUAAUUUAACAUAUUUAAAGCCGUUUUUAGUAUAAAAGUUGAAUUUAAGGGCAACUUUUAGUUAAUAUAGAACGUAAUACAAGCGUUUCAAAAAAAAUUAAACAACCCUAUUAUAUUUAAAGAUGUUGUUACUUGUAUAAAAAUAAAACAUGUGACACAAUCGUUGUGUUAAUUUCCCGGAGGUCGUUGCCCUUUCCUUUGAUACAUUUUAAUUAAAGUGCACUCAACAUUAUCAUUAACCUUUAAAUAACGACGCUCGUUAACAACCGAGACGAAUCGGCAAGCCGGGUGACGUCGGUUACAUCUCCAGAAUGACAGAUCAUUCGUCAUAAUUACUGCUGUCAAAAUGUAGUUUACUAGCAGACAUUAACAUGCAACAUAAGAUAGUAAUUGUACAGUCGGGACUUUAAUUGUUGAGCCAGGGUUUACUUUUCAUUUUUUAAAUACUACGACGGUGGCAAACAAGCAUACGGCUCGCCUGAUGGUAAGCAAUCUCCGUAGCCUAUGUACGCCUGCAACUCCGGGGGAGUUACAUUUGCGUUGCCGACCCUAAACCCCUCCCCCACACCUCGUUGAGCUCUGGCAACCUUACUCACCGGCAGGAACACAACACUAAGAGUAGGGUCUAGUGUUAUUUGGCUGCGGUUUUCUGUAAGGUGGAGGUACUUCCCCAGUUGGGCUCUGCUCUAGAUCUGAAAUGACAUCCACUGUACUGUGCCCUACCACACAAAGCGAGAUGACAUUCACAAUGCCCAUACCUCUCUUCAUUGGUCAUUUCAUACCGUUAGUACUGACGACCAAAUUAGCUUGAACCCUAAGUGACUCAACAAUUAAAGUCCGAGACCAUAUAACUAAAUAAAGCCAAUAAGACUAAAUAAAGGUACCAGUCGGAUUCAGACAACACCACAGCAUUACUACAGUACAUAGUAUUGCAGCGCGACAUUACUGCUGGCUGGCUGACUGCAUUGUUGCCGC